ACACUUUCCGGGUCCGCGACCCUUGGAACCGAGAUCCGGUGGAAUGGUUUCUUCACGAUAGCGAGCUUGGACUGAGAGCGCGAGUGUCUGCAGGUGCAAGAGUUCGAAGGAGUUUGCAUUUUCAAUAGUUCGUAGCAGGAGCCAUGGUAUCUAGAAAGCUGCAGCUGCUGGGCCUCUGCCUUCUGGCUUUGGUCGCGUUAACGUCAGCGACAGGAGUCAAGGCCCUCCCGAAGAGGGUCUACAAGAAGGUGUACAAGCCCGCACCACCCAAGUGCUCCCCCGUGCACGGCUUCGAAGCUUGCUCUGCUUUCGUCACCAAGAGUUACUACCCGAAAUGGGCUCCCAUGCCCAAGUACUUCUCACCGUGCUGUAAGUACGUGAGAAAGGAAUCUCUGGACUGCCUCUGCAAAGCCGCCAGCUCCAAGUUCAAGUUCAAGGUCGAUAUCAACAAGGCUCUCGGAUUAGCCAAAAAAUGUGGCAAAUAUUAUCCCAAGGGCACAGUCUUGAAAUGCAAGAAACCCGUCAAGACACCUCCGUACUACUACAAAUCUCCACCACCUCCGGCUUAUCACUACAAGUCGCCUCCUCCUCCAGCUUACUACUACAAGUCGCCACCUCCUCCUGCUUACGUUUACAAAUCUCCUCCACCUCCAGCUUACCACUACAAGUCGCCACCACCUCCUGCCUACUACUACAAGUCUCCUCCACCUCCAGCCUAUGUCUACAAGUCUCCCCCUCCCCCAGCUUACUACUACAAGUCUCCUCCCCCUCCUGCCUACGUCUACAAGUCACCUCCUCCACCAGCUUACUACUACAAAUCGCCUCCUCCCCCUGCCAAGUCCCCACCUCCUCCUUACUACUACAGCUCUCCCCCACCCCCAGUGAAGUCACCCCCUCCUCCAUACUACUACAGCUCUCCUCCACCUCCAGUGAAGUCUCCCCCUCCUCCUUACUACUACAGCUCUCCCCCACCCCCAGUGAAAUCUCCCCCUCCACCAUACUACUACAGCUCCCCUCCACCUCCAGAGAAGUCACCUCCUCCUCCUUACGUCUAUGCUUCUCCCCCACCGCCAGAGAAGUCCCCCCCUCCUCCAUACGUCUACUCUUCUCCUCCACCCCCAGAGUCGUCACCUCCUCCCCCUUACGUCUAUUCUUCUCCUCCACCCCCAGAGUCGUCUCCUCCCCCUUACGUCUAUUCUUCUCCUCCUCCCCCAGAGGUGACUCCCCCACCUCCAGAUUUCGUUGCCCUUUCUCCUUUCCUGUAGGAGCCUCCGCCACCUCCAGACAGCAUUUCUCUCCAACCUCCAGACAUCACUCAUUCGGUGCCGCAAUCCCAAAGGGACUGGGGCACUGGCAGUAGGCCGCUGUUAACCACCGUUGACAUAGCCCAGGUCCACGACAGCGCGCAUCCAAUGGGAAGAGAUACAAUGCAGUGCUCGAGUGCUCGAUAUGGACGUGGGUGAAUCUGGAGAUCGCUGCUGGAGCUAGUUCUCGUUUACAUUGGUCCGAAGAUCUGCGGCAGGCCUGAUAGUUGGUUUGCCCGUUCCAGGCAGCUUGUAUUUGGAUUAUUUAGCACCUUUUAAGAUUACUUGGCCAGAAAUGUCUGUCCUGAACCAUCAAAUGUAUGGAAUUCUUCAUUUUUGAAAUCAAUCUCGACAUUUAAUCGAAGCACAAAGUGUAAUUGCCUUUUGUGG